AUGGCUAAAGCUCGUGUUCUUACUGACGGCCCUGUUCUGCAGUGGACUGGUCCAAUACAGGACAUGCAAGAGUGUUUCCGCACCCUGAAAGACCAGCAAGAGGAGAGUGAAAUCUUAGAAAAGGCACAAAUUGACAGUAUAGAGCUACCCUGUUUUUCGUUACCUGACAGUUCAGAGAACCAAGAGCAAGGUUCCUCGUUCAUCAAAUGCGGCUGGCUGGACAAGACCCCUCCACAUGGGGGUAUAAUUUUUCAAAAGAGAUGGGUUCAGCUGGAUGAUGAAUAUCUGCGAUAUUUUCAAAACGAAGAGGAGGUGUACUCUAAAAGAAUGAUAUCCCUAAGCAGUCUGUCUGCAGUGGACAGUUUGGGUGAUGUGAAGUUUGAGGUGAUCAGUAAGAACAGAACGUUUCUGUUUCGCGCUAGCAGUAGCCAGGAGCGAAAUGAGUGGGUCAGUGUUCUGCAGGAGAUACUGUCUGCCAGAUAUGAAGUGUGUACUGAAGACCUGUUCUUUGGCGGUAAUAGUCCUGAGAUACGUAAGGAGGGCUAUCUAGACAUGACUUCCCCAAAAGCCAAACUCUAUGUGGUGGUUUGUGACGACCAGGUCUACCUCUUCAGGAACGCUGAGGAGUACCAGCAGGGAGUGGGCAUUACCUCCAUAGAUAUGAAGAUGGGUAGUGUGAAAGCAGGAGAUAAAAAGUCUUUCACCAUCAGCACACCAUACAGAACAUUCAGUUUUGUGGCAGACUCAGAGAAACAGAAGCAGGAGUGGUUCUUGUGUUUGCAAGCGUGUGUUAGUCGUUCCCUGUCCUGUGACUAUGUGGCUGAGAUUAUGUGGAGCGUGGAGGCCAACCGUUACUGUGCUGACUGCAAUGCAUCCAAACCAGAGUGGGCUUCAGUCAAUCUGUGUGUGCUGGUGUGUGAGCGCUGUGCAGGUGUCCAUAGGAGUUUAGGUGCAAAAAUAUCAAAGAUCCGUAGUCUAAAAAUGGAUGAGCAAGUGUGGACUGACAACCUCGUCAAGGUUUUCCUCUCACUAGGUAACGGCAACGCAAACCUAUUCUGGGCGGCCAAUGUUCCCCCCAGCGAGAAUCUCUCUCCUAGUGCAAGCACAGAGGAACGCAAAAAUUACAUCAGCUCAAAAUACACUGAGGGAAAAUACAGACGCUACCAUUCCCUAUAUGGCCAGCAGCAGGCGCUCAAUAAUGCUCUGUGUCGAGUUGUUCAGACAACUGACGUUUUGGAGACUCUCUCUCUGCUGUACUGUGGGGCACAAGUCAACUGUUAUACAGGUGUCCCAGAAUGUCCUACUCCCUUGUCCUUGGCACAGCGUAGUGGACAGAAACUACAGACAGAAUUCCUCCUGCAAAAUCAAAAUACAGAAUGCCCAGGAUCAAAGGUGAACUCCCAGCCCAAUCUGUCAAACUCUGGAUAUCUCCACAAAGUUUCCUCUUUAACCCGACCAAUCACAGACAGGAAAGCCAAAGGAGAGUUCACUCAGCGCUGGUGUAGCUUCAGUGAUGGAUUAUUAACUUACUACAGGAAUGAGAAGAGCUCCAAUGUAAAUGGAAAGAUCAAAGCCAGUGAUAUUGUGUGUCUGGCUAUUAAUGCCCCAGGGAAACAUGGCUUCGAGCACACAUUUGAAGUGUAUACAGAAAAUGGGCGACUUUACUUGUUUGGAACUGAUGACAGCAAUGCCAUGAAAAAGUGGGUUAGAAUUAUCACCAAGAGUGUGAUGCCCCCAGGUUUUGGGGAUAUAGGAGGUGGGGUGUGUGAUCGCCUGGGACGCCUGAACUGUCCUGAGGGGAGCUCAGGGAUCGGAUGGUUCUGUCUGAGUGGGUCUACACUCCAGGUGCUGCUUCAAGAUACAGUACAGAACAUUGAUCUGCGCAAACUUCACCAGCUCACUUUACCUAGCACUACUAGUGGUGCUGUGGUGCUGGUUUGGAGAGGAGGGACCAUCCAUUUGGAGCAGGACCGUCGGCCGCACUUUCCAGGAUGGAUCAGCUCCAUUCAAAGUGUCUCAGGGGGAGGAGACCAGCCACUGUCCCAACAACAGCUCACAGACAGUGACAUCCCAGUUGUCGUACACCGUUGUGUGGAUUACAUCACACAUCACGGUCUGACGUCUGAUGGUAUCUACAGGAAGUCCGGAAUUAACUCCAAGAUUGCGUCACUGAUGGAUAGUUUUCGAAAUGAUGCUCGAAGCGUUUGCAUCGGGGAAGAGUUUGAAGUGGAUGAUGUGGCAAACGCACUGAAGAGGUACCUCAGAGAGGUCAAAGGUGGAGUGUUUACUAGCGAAGAAACUGGCUUGCAAUGGCUUGAAGUUACCGGUAUACAGGAGAAAAGUGUGAGGAUCUCCACAUACCAGUCCCUCCUCAAGAAUUUACCUGAGGUCAACUGUGAAACACUCAGAACUCUUCUUACCCAUCUCCACUGCAUUCAGCACCUCUCAAAAGCCAACCAGAUGACAGGAAAAAACCUUGCCAUAGUAUUUGGGCCGACACUGUUUCAGAUGGAUGGGAGUGACAGAAGAACAGGACUGGUGGUUGAGGAUCUGAUCCAAAACUAUUGCACCAUCUUUAAUGUAUCAGAGGAGGAGCUUCAGGGACAGUUGGAUUUGGCAUCUGUAAUCCUUGAUGAAAAUCUAACUCAGACUGUGGCAACUGCGAGUGCUACAGAGAUAGCUUCAGAGAUUCUGAACCACAAGGAGACUAAUCUGAGUCAGAAUGGGGUUUUGAGUUGUCAUGAGGCCCAGGAGAACGCAGACAUGGGAUGCAGAGGAUCAAAGGAGAGCUCCCAGCCUAUCCUGUCACACUCUGGAUAUCUUCACAAAGUUGCUUCUACAACUCGACCAAUCACAGACAGGAAAGCCAAAGGAGAGUUCACUCAGCGCUGGUGUAGCUUCAGUGAUGGAUUAUUAACUUACCAUAGGAAUGAGAAGAGCUCCAGCAUAAAUGGGAAGAUCAAAGCCAGUGAAAUUUUGUGUCUGGCUGUUAAUGCCUCCGGGAAACAUGGGUUUGAGCACACAUUUGAAGUGUAUACUGAAAAUGGACGACUUUACUUGUUUGGAACUGACAAUCACAAUGCUAUGACAGAGUGGAUCAGCAUGAUCACCAAGAGUGUGAUGCCCCCAGGUUUUGGGGAUAUAGGAGGUGGGGUGUGUGAUCGCCUGGGAUGCCUGAACUGUCCUGAGGGGAGCUCAGGGAUCGGAUGGUUCUGUCUGAGUGGGUCUACACUCCAGGUGCUGCUUCAAGAUACAGUACAGAACAUUGAUCUGCGCAAACUUCACCAGCUCACUUUACCUAGCACUACUAGUGGUGCUGUGGUGCUGGUUUGGAGAGGAGGGACCAUCCAUUUGGAGCAGGACCGUCGGCCGCACUUUCCAGGAUGGAUCAGCUCCAUUCAAAGUGUCUCAGGGGGAGGAGACCAGCCACUGUCCCAACAACAGCUCACAGACAGUGACAUCCCAGUUGUCGUACACCGUUGUGUGGAUUACAUCACACGUCACGGUCUGAUGUCUGAUGGUAUCUAUAGAAAGUCUGGAGUUAACUCCAAAGUCACGGCACUGCUGGAUAGUUUUCGAAAUGAUGCUCGGAGUGUUUGCAUCGGGGAGGAGUUUGGGGUGGAUGAUGUGGCAAGCACACUGAAGAGUGUUCAGCACCUCUCCGAAACCAACCAGAUGACUGGAAAAAACCUUGCCAUAGUAUUUGGGCCGACACUGUUUCAGGUUGAUGGGAGUGACAGAAGAACAGGACUGGUGGUGGAAGAUCUGAUCCAAAAUUAUUGCACCAUCUUUAACGUACCAGAAGAGGAGCUUCAGAAACAGCUGGAUGCGACAUCUCUACUCCUCAGCGGAAAUCCGACACAGGGACAUCGGGCUCUCACACCCUCACGUACUGUCUGUGCCAUUUACUUGGAGAAGAAAGAUGAAGAUACAGAAGUUCUCAUACCGAUUACAGCAAGUACAAGUGCCUCCCAGCUGGUUUCAGAGGUUCUGGACCAUAAGGGAAUCAGUCUGGGUCAGGAUGAGGUUUGGAGUUGUUAUGAGGUCUAUGAGACAGCAGAGAUAGAACGUGCGCUGCAUUAUCAGGAAAAAGUAUUACCGCUGUACUAUUCACUGACUUCACAUAGCCACCUAGUGGUGAAGAGGAAUAACUACAUGAAUGAUAUGACAGCUUACCUGGAAAGUAAAAGGGAUAUAUCCAAAUGCGGAACACUGCGUGUGUGUGAGGUCAAAGGUGGCAAAGGGUGUGGCUUCAACACACGAUACUGUGAACUCGCCAGCACCUCUUUCAGGCUGUUCAAGGAAGCGCAGAGUGGUCAGCCAGAGAAAGAGUGGUCCAUCAAUAGUCUGAAGAUGUAUCAGGGUUACAACAGCAAGCUACAGCCUCCCACACCUUGGGGCCUGACACUAGUUUAUGAUACACAACACUGGUAUCUGUGCUGUGAUUUUGAAGAUGAGUUGAUUGAGUGGUCAGCUACUUUCAUGAGCCUCAAGUACAAUGGAGAUGUCUGGCCACCGGUGCUGUAA